UACGGCAAAUAAUGGAAUAAGCCAAUUAUAAGAAAAGGUAAAAAGGCUGGUUUGCCAAGCAAAUUUCGGAUUUUACCUGAGCUUUCUGUUGGAUCAUAACGUGUUACUAGCCUCUCAAACAAUACAAAAUGAGCGGUUUAUCUGAAGGUGAAAUCGAAGACGCUCGUGAGGUGUUCGACCUCUUCGAUUUCUGGGAUGGUCGUGACGGUGAGGUAGAUGCUUUUAAACUUGGAGAUCUUCUCAGAUGUCUGGGCCACAACCCAACCAACGCCAUUGUAUCCAAGCAUGGCGGUACCGAAAAGAUGGGAGAGAAAUCCUACAAAUUUGAAGAAUUCAUUCCACUGUACAAAGAAUUGAUGAAUGAGAAAGACACUGGAACUUUCGCAGACUUCAUGGAAGCUUUCAAGACCUUUGACAGAGAAGGCCAGGGUUUCAUUUCCGGCGCCGAGCUCAGACAUCUCCUCACAUCUCUCGGUGAGAAAUUGACCGAUAUGGAAUGUGACGACAUCUUGAGAUAUAUUGACCUCACAGAAGAUUUGGAGGGCAAUGUCAAAUACGAAGAAUGCAUCAACAAAGUGAUGGCUGGACCCAACUAAGUUCAACGAAACAAAAAAGACUUUUUAUAAAAAACUUUACAUCCAAGACAUCAUCUUUCAUUUUAGUAACAUGUAAAAUUCCAGUGUAAAAAGGCAUUCGGGUGUUACACCAAGUCAGACUUCGUUAUUUCGAACAAUCAAAGGCGACCCCAGGACUAGGAGCUCCUACGCCAAGGACGGACUUACAUGUCACGUGACCCAACUGAGAAUAAAAAUUGUAACAUGCUGACAAUUUUGUUUAAAAACAAUAGAAUUAAGCCUCGUUUUGAAAGUCUAUCGAUAACAUCUUUAUUUGUAAAUCCGUUCUUGCAACACAAUGUUUAUAAAGGCCGCAAUUUGCCGUGUGUAAUUGUUUUUAUAUUUUGUUGAUUUACUGUUAUUUAUUUGAAUAUAUUAAACAUCUUUAACCGGUACCGGUUACAGCUGCUAGUUAUUCACGUGCCAUAUUGACACGUGAUGUUAUGCUGAAACUGUGAUUGGUGUAUGAAUGUGAAAUUGUAAAAUAAAACGAGGAAUACGAUCAAAGUAUGGGUAUCCCUUAAGAAUCCUCGGUGUGCAAUAUUAUAGCAGUGAUAAUAAAAGUAUUUAAUAAUAUAUUUUUUCCCAAACAAAA